CUAAGCCAAUAGGAAUCGACAUAAACCCCUGGUCGCUGCUUAUAAGACGGAUAUCUCCGACAGGUCAUCGAGACGCUGUACUAUCAUCGCGAGUGUGAAGACUAAAGUCGUGGAUAUUUUUUGUCGAUAAGAAUAUUGAUUGCUGGAGAUGGCGACUAUAACCCUCUACCAUUACACCAGCGCGUCGGGUGCCAAGUGCAUCCAGCGCUCGAAGCGAAUCAACGAGUCACGACCAAAAAGUGGUGGCGGAGAUGAUGCACGUCACGGCCGCGGUGUUUAUCUCACCAGCAUCGCGCCAAAUGAGACAACCAAGCUGAAGCUAAUGCUGAACAACUAUGAUGGAACGCCAGACACCAUGUUGAAGAGGGUUAUAGCUGAAAACACGCGCAAAAUUGAAAAGGUUGUUGUUGUCGAGCUGCCAGCAUACCUUGUUAAGAGGGUGGAGAGCGAGAGGGAUAUCUACGUCGUCAAAGGAGAUAUCGACCUAACAAACUUCACAUAUGACAUACGGGACGGACCGCAAAUAGCGUUUUGAGAUGCCACAGAAUGAUGAUGCUGCCUACUCUCUCUCUAUAUCUUUGGGUCACAACAAAGGUGGUAGCGAUUUGACGGACCAUGUUUGACAACCAAACUAAUGUAUCACUAUCAUCCCGGGACACGUUAAUCUUGAUGUUUUU